AUGUGGAGAGUGCUGAAGAAGAUGACAGAGUGUACGAAAAGCGCGGUCAUGCUAGACGGAGAACUGUCUAAAUUCUNCAUGGGGGUAUGCAACAACAAGGAGGAACCAGCUGAACAUAGAUGGAAGUGGGGGAUCGAGGAGAUUGCAGUAGUGGACCAGUACACAUACCUUGGAGUAGAGAUCGCAAAAGACUGCUCGUGGAAUGCACACAUGUCCAAGGUAGCGGAAAAGGGCAAAUCACGAGCAGGGAAGCUGCAUCCAAUACUCGCAAACCGGCACCUCGAUACACGCAUCAAAUCGACGGUUUUGAAGAGCGUGAAAGCAGCGAAAAUCAUCCUAGGAUGCUCCAAGCGCACAAGUAAUGCAGCCGUGAGGGCAGAAUUGGGGAUCCAAUCCCUACGGUCGGGAAGAGACGCGAGGAAGCUGACAUGGCAGUAUCGCGUGUGCGGGAUGGGAGAGGAGAGACAACCCAAGGAAUGGGUCGAGGUUGUAGAGGACGUAUGGACGGGGCUCGACAUCGACGAAGAUGAAAACGCUGGAAACGGAGGGUCUACAGGGGACGACGGGAACGACAACAACGCCGACUGCAACGAUCACGGGGCGGACGACGACCUGCCCUCCCCCCCUCCACGUCCCUCGCCCUCCGACGCCGCCGCCGCAGGCGCACCGGCACGCUAUCUCUCUCCGCACGCCGGCGGCGGUGUGGCCGGGCCACCAGGAGGUGCGUUGGGGGCGAUGCGCCCGGAUUCGCCGCCGCCAGCUGGUGGUGGUGGUAGGACGGCGGCGGGGGGCGGUGUGAAGACGCUCGCUUCGGCGGCGGCCAUGGCCGAGAUUUCUCGCCUCACGGCGGCGCUGCGGGCGAGCGAGGCGGAGCGGGCGUCCGCCUCCGCGGUCGAGGGCUCGCGCGGUGGGGACGGCGGCAAGGUCGACGAGGUUACCAGGCAGAGGGAUGCGGCUGUUGCCGAGGCCGAUCAACUCCGCUCGAGCCUGCGCCAGCUUCAAAGCGAGCACCAAGAGACGGUCAACAAAGCUACCGCCGACCUCGACGCCGCGGGGGACGCGGAGCAAGAACUGAGGCGGCAGCUGGCGGAGGCGGAGGCGGCGGCGGAGGAGGGCCGAGCGCGCGUCGCCGCCGCCGAGAAGGAAGUCCGGGCGCACGCGGCCGCGAGGGCCGCGGCGGGAGAGAGGAAGGAGGCGGUAGCAGGGGCGGGGGGGGGGGAAGAGGCGGCGGCGGCGGUAGCGGCGGCCGAGGCCGCGGCCGAGGAAUCCUCCGCCGAGCUUUCGAGGCUCAAGAAGGCGUUCCGCGAGGAGCGGGCGGAGCACGAGGCUAUGCUGGUGGCAUCGAGGCAGGCGGCAAACGAAGCGGUGGAGGCUGCCCUGAGCUCGGCCGACGCGGACAGAGAGGAGGCGUGCGCCGAGCUGGAGGCAUCAAUGAAGGCGGAGGUCGAGCGGAAGGACCAGGAGCUCGAGGCCCUCCGGGUGCAGCUGGCCAAAUCGAAGGGUGCGAUGGAAGAGGUGUCGGCCCUGAGGGCCGAGGUGGAGGACCUACGCCGGGCGGCGGAGUGCGAGCGAGAGGCCGCCGAGAGGGCCGCUGGCGAGGCCAGGCGGAAGGCGGACGUGGUCAAGCAGCUCAGGGAGGAGAUCCGGGUGCUUCAAGCCGCUGCCGCGCAGCCUCGGGCUUCCGCGGCGGCGGCGGCGGCGAGUGCACGAGGACCGAUGACCGGCGCAGUGUCCCGGCGCGGGGAAAUCGCCGCUCGCACUGGGUGGAUGGCAACCCUUCUUUAUGGUCAUGAUCGCCUAUUGAUUUGAGUUUUUCCGCUCAAGACUAUGAUGCCGCACUCAACCCUAUUACCCCCCGUUGCCUAACACGCACACACACAUUCUGUUGCUAGAUUCCUUUUGUGUCUCUACUCCAGAGAGUAGCUUAGCCUCCCCCAGGACAUGCCCCCUGACAGGGUGCCAGCUCAUAGCCUGUUGAAGUGCUGUAUUUUCCGUGUGUUGGGCAGCUUUGAGACUGACGUCUAUUCAUCGGUGAGCCGGUUAGCGCCGUCGAUGCUAGUACUCUAAAACACAUUGACAUGUACGAACGGGCGGGGGUGUUCUUGCUUGUUCACCUAACAUGUACUUUUAGUCAGAGUCGGGUACGGACGGCUCUAUGUUUUCAAGAAGGGACAGACCCAGUAUGGUAUAUAUUGGAUGAGUUACGGUGCCCCCAAUGACACCCGUCAGUCUGUGUGUGUGGCACUCUCCUUCCUCUCUGUCCCUUGCCACCCCUCAUCCUGGAGAACCCAUGCCAUGAUGUAGCAAGCGGCAGGCGAGACUCCCUCGUCACUGGCGCAAUAUCCAACACACUGAUGUACCCGACUCAAGGGUACACGAUACGAGCACUCUACUCAAGCCUAUCAAAGGGUCUUCUGCCGAGAUUGCCUGCGCCGGCGUCCGUGUCAGAAGGAGCUGCGAAGGAGGACCUCGCUGCCAUCUAAAAGCGGAGAAGUACAAUAGACGGAAAGCCCGUGACACUCAAGGGGAUCUUAAAAGAUCUUUCGUUGUUUUUCCCCCGGUUGACACUGACGUCUGUUGAUUGAUCAGUCGGUUCACGUGGUCAACGAAACUCACACUCACGUCUUUCCUCGGUCCGCCGUUUUACGCUACCGAUGGGAACCACCGCAUAAUAUAUAUGCACGCCGUUUUUGAUUUUUUGUUGCAUCCCGUCAGACAUCGGCGGCGGCGGCGGCGGCGGAGAGGACACCGACGGGUGGGGGGAGGACGAGGACGACAGCUGCGGGGCCAGCGUCAACACCAGCAGCUCGGGGGUGGUCGUGGACCCCCCCCUGUCGGCAUCGUCCCCUUCCGGUGACGGCGGAACUCCGCGAUCCCGGGGCGCCAGCCGCGGGAGCGUCGAGGGUGACGGCGGCGGUGGACGCGCCAGCGGCAUUGCUGGGGGGAGGUCCGAGGCUUCCCUGUCCCCGGGUGGCGGGCGGUCGCGCAGAGAGGGCGGGGGCGGAAGCGGCGAGGGGGAUGGCGAGGAUGGGUGGGAAGGGUGGAAUUAGUCGCCCUUUUAUUGAUGGGGGGGCGGCGCUACGUGUAUCCAAAGUCUGUGCCGUAUGUGUUCUUUCUGGGGGGGUUGCGUUUGGCCGGCGGAAAAUGGCUUGAUCGGUCGGUAGUUUCAUGGCUGGGUUUGCUAUUAUGAAAUCAGCAUUGUAAUGACCACCGUUUGCCCGGUAGUUGGGGUUGUUUUUUUUGUGCAUGUGGCGCAGUUGUCGGUUACUGCUGUGCCUCAAUACAUUUGUAGAAAUACUUCUUGUAGUGCCGCAAAACACAGCUGUGCUGCCGUUUGCCGUUUGCCACCCCCCGCCGCCCCCGUUCAGGCCUUCUAUCGCGGUUUGUUUGGCGUGUUUGAUUUUGCGCCCCCCGCCCGGUGCUUGCCAUCGGGAUUGGGUUUUCGUCGCUUGGCAAUGACGUUGUAAAACAAGCCAAUUCACUUCGUGAACUCGGCAACCAGGACACCGUUUUUUUUUUUUUUUACCUCUGUUUUUUUGUUGGCGGUAACCAUAAUGGUGGUCGAGUAGAUUAUGUUGUGCGGGGUGGAGAACCCUCACUCCGCGCAAGGGGGAUGAUCGCACCACGUUGUGUUGAAAUGGUGAAGCACGCUCGAGGCAGUUACACAGUGCAUACAACUGUCUCUGGAAGUGAAGCACCAGAAAAUAAGUUAAGUCAUAUCGCGCUGUCAUCCGUAUGCAAGGAAGUAAGCACAAGAUGCCGAACACCCUUAGCAGGAUGCAGCGCACCCUUCAUGCGACUCGCCGAAUAUCUCACGGCGCUUCGCGCUUGGUGAUGUGAGAGCCUGGUCCGGUGAGAACCCGGCGUGCUCCGUCCCGGCUUUGUAGGGAUGCGAGGUCCAUGGUCUAACGACUACGGCAUGCACGUCUAUGAGUACCCCCCCCCCCGCCAUGCUGGGCCGGUCUGCCUAAUAGUGUGAGGAAAACGUGACUGAAGAGUAUCCCGGGGGUGCCGCAAAAUCAUCCAGGGGGAGACUGUUUUGGGUCCCAUUUUUGCCAAGAAGGACGUCGCAGGCGACUCAAGAAUGCCCCGCCCCCCCCCGCAUUGUGGCCCGUUAGUUAAUAGUUGAGCAAUUCCACACACGCGCCGGGAUCCUCACUGCUCCGUGUAUCACCCAUUGUGUGAUAUUUCUAGUUAAAGAACCUUCUCUAUUUUCGUUUCGGCCACAUUCUGUUAGCCUUCCGCGAUCUACCAUGUGUACAGAAAAUGGCGUGUCGCGGGGGGCGUAGGCUUCCCCCCCCAUUGCUUGUCGCCCCGAGUUUUCGGUAUGUGAUGGGAUGUAUGUGUGUGCGCAUGUAUCUGUAUUUUGUUUUGGUCGCUUUUCAGUCUGUUCGACGCCGGCGAGACAAGGCCUGGUUGUGGUUGUUCGCCUACUUACAGCAUUUUUCUACGGCGGUGGUGGCACGUGUUCGCCGUAGCAUGCCGGCAGUGAUGGCAGAUGUGCUGUGCCGAUGCGCAUUGCAUUUACCAGCGGCGAAGGGGAUGUGUCACGAUGUAUAUAUACGGAAAUUGUGCUUGGAGUUGAGUACAAGAACGGAAAUUCAACCUUUUGUUUUUUUUCGUUGUAGAAUGUGUACCCCUCUUUGGGUAGUGGGAUUGUGACCACGGAAUUACUGGGAAGCGGGAAACGUCUCGAUACAUUGUUUCCUACCGCGUUGCAGCGAUAACUCGUUGAAUGGGUGUGAGACAUAGUAAUGGCUAUGUGUCUUCAUCCCUUCUAUCCUUGCCCCCAAGGCUACAACACGUAUCAGUCUUCGGUCGCUCGAGAGUAGAGUAUCUGUCAGCCGGGAGUCAAACAGGAAGGAGGAAGCUCAAUAUUUUUUUGAGUGUUUCUUACAGUUGGCCCCUGCAGUUAAGAAACGCUUAUUUCGGGUCCAGCCUCGAAUUCUUAAUGUGGGCUAUAAACUCAGCGUAUGUCGUUCAGUUUCUUUUUUCAAGUUUCUUAUUUGUUCGUGCAGCAAAACCCUGCUGAAUUUCUUUAAUCGGCAAUU